AUGGCAAGUCGUUUUAUUCAAAAUUCAUUUCAUCAACAAGAAUCUUAAAGGCCAAGUAGAGCCUUAUCAGAACAUUAAAAAAGUAGAAGUGAAAAAGGUGGUCAAAAAGUACAUCAUAAGAGUCAUGCAUCUCAUCACUAUAAUCCUUUGGUUAUACCUUGUGAUUGGGUCUUGGCUGAGAAUCAUGCUAAAGCAAGAAGGGUGGCAAGAGAAUUGGAAGUUGAGAAUUAAUCAACAUGCCCUUGUUGUGGGUAUUCAAUAGAGAGAACUGAUUUAGAAUAUGAUUGCGAUCCAUUAGAGAUGAAAUUCUUGGGAUCUGGAUUUCCAUUGUUUUAUAUGUUUAUAAAAUACUGUAUAUUCAUCUUAGUAGAAUUUUGGUUAUUGAAAGGGAUGUUUUGUUUGGCUACAGAUUUGAUGGGCGAUUAUUGUUAUAAUUAAGAUAAGAUUAAAAUAUAAGAGCAAGCACACCACUCUAUUCAUGAUCAUUUGAACUAGUAGCAUCACCAUAAGCAUAAAUCCGAUAAUUCAAUAUGUGGUGGGUCUUUGUGGCAUUUUGUGAGUUUGGCUAAUGUAUAUGAUAGAGAGGAUAUUAGAAAUUUGUAAUCAAACUUAUCCCUUGUUGUUGUGUUUGCCAAUAUGGUUUCAUUUCUGUUCUUCAGGAAGGCCCAAAGAAGCAUAGACAUAGAAGUAGAUGAAUCAUAAUUAACUCCAUCAGAUUAUACUAUUUGUGUUAAGAAUAUUCCAAAGUUAAAUGAGGAUUACAAGGAAGUGUUGAAGAAUAUCUUUUAGAAUUAUGCAGCUGAUGGAAGGGAGUUAUCAGUUACUAAGAUUGUGUUGGUGUAUAAUUUGGAUGAAGUAAUUGAAUUGGAGGAAGCAUUGAAGGAGAUGAUAAGAGAGAAAUAGGAGUAUCUAUUGGAGAAUGGCAUGAAUUUUACAGAUUUCAAAGUUAAAUAGUUGGAUGAGAAAUUAGAGUCUUUGGAAUAAAAGAUUCAUCAAAAAGAACAUGAGCUUUUUAUAAACAAAGAAAAAUUCGCAGGAAUAGCAUUUAUAAGUUUUUUGACUGAGGAAAUGAAGUAGUUGGUGUUGUAACACAAUCCUCACACUUCAUGGGAGAGAAUUAAGGCAUUCUUUAAUAAUGGAUUGACAGGAGAUGUAAAAGAAAAGGGUUUGAUUUUUGAGGGACACAAAUUGUAUGUAGAGGAAGCACCAGAGCCUAAUGAUGUUGAUUGGGAGUUCAUCCAUAUCUAAACAGGAUAAAAGGUGAAAGCACGUGUAAUUGCAUGGUCUAUAUCUAUAAGUUUUAUGGCUGGUUGUUUCUUUUUAAUUUGGUUUUUGAGUGAGUUGGCAGAGAGAAUGAAUGAGUAAGUGGAAGAAUAGGAGAAAAAGGGGAUUAAGGACUCUUUAACUUAGACUAUAGCCUUUUUAACUAGUUAGUCAAUUUCUUGGACUGUUGUAUUUUUUAAUAAGUUUGUUAUUGGAAAGGUGUAUCAUUUAAUAGUUGAUUUGGAGAAAAUAUCCAAUAAGACUAAAUUCAAUAUCAGUUUUGCUAGAAAACAGUCAGUUGCUUUGUUUAUUAAUACUGCUUUAAUAUCAUUGGUGAUAGAUUUCUAUUUGACUGGGAACGUAAUUGGGAAAGGUGGCUUCAUUUAUAAUGAAUCUAAUGUAUUCUUGCUUAAUGCAUUUAUUCCACCUAUUGUUUGGUUUGUGGACCCUUGGAGUAUCUAGAAGGAUUAUCAAAGAUAGAAAUAAUAGAAGAAUGUAAAGAAUUGUGUGUUGACUUAACAAGAGGCAAAUGAAAUUAUGGAAAUGCCUGAUUAUUCUUAGGCCAAAAGAUAUGGUGACAUAAUGAAGACAAUGUGGUUCACAUUUUUUUAUGGAGAUAUCAUACCUUUAGGCAUAUUGUUCAGUAUUAUGGGUUUAACAUUGUACUAUUUUGUUGAUAAAUAUAAUGUACUAAGGAGGAGAACAAUCAAAGAAUCGUUAUCAAAGCAUUUGAGUAUUGAGAUGAUAGAGAUGUUGGAGUUGAUCAUAAUAUUUACAGGGAUUGGCAACACUGUAGUAUCGAGUAUAUUGUUUGGGGAAGUCAAAUGGUAAGACUUUAUUAUAAUCAUAAUUGGAGUAGUGUACAUUUUACUGCCUAUGGAAGACAUUUCUAGUGUUUUAUUUCCACUUGAAUAGAAGGAUGAAGUCUAAACUUAUUAUGAGGCUGAAGAAUACUUUAAUACUGAUUAUGAUAGGGAGAAUCCAGUAACGAGAAGAGAGAUAUUACAUGAGAUUGCAAAGAAAAAAUGA